CAAGAACAGUGACUCUGAAUUGGUUAUACAUGAUACCCGUGAUGUUUGUAUGGCGGCCAUAUUAGCAGGCGUGUUAGCCGAAAGGUGAUGCGCCGUUGCGACCACGCCCAUCAUGAGUUCCUUCCUCAUGAACGGUGGUUACCAACCGCAGCCGGACCCCAAAUUCCCGCCUUCAGAAGAAUACAGCCAAGCAGACUAUAUACCACCAGGAGAAUAUUACCAACACCAACAUCUACAGUACGGGUACCAACAUCAAUAUACUCCAGUGCAGAUCGGGACAGGAUACGGAUAUGGUGGGUACUACCAUCCCUUACCACAACACCCACCAGUGGCACCACCUCCGCGACCUCCUGAACCAUCGCAUCCGUCUGACGCAGACCAUGGAUACGUUCCUCCUCAUAGCGCUGAUGUAGCACCAGGCUUAGCUGAACUGGGAUUAAGACUAGAAAGGCAUAUAGAAGAAGCUGCUCCAGCUGGAAGGAAACUCCAUGCGUUAGGGAGAGAAGGCUCUCCAGUAUCAGAAAUGGAUGAUGAGAGUAGACUUCUAGAUAGUCCACCCGUAGAAGAUGAUGAUUCUUCAAUAUGUUCAGAUAAUAAUGACAGGGUCAUUUAUCCGUGGAUGAAGAAGAUUCAUGUUGCUGGCGUGUCCAAUGGUCAAUUCCAACCAGGAAUGGAGCCAAAACGCCAACGGACGGCGUACACCAGACACCAAAUAUUAGAACUGGAGAAAGAAUUCCACUACAACCGGUAUUUGACGAGAAGAAGACGAAUAGAGAUAGCCCACACUCUAGUCCUAUCAGAACGGCAGAUUAAGAUCUGGUUCCAAAACAGACGGAUGAAGUGGAAGAAAGACAAUAAACUCCCGAACACAAAGAAUGUUAGAAGAAAAACAAACCCUGCCGGAGUGACGACAACGACGACAAAAGCCACACCAAAGAGUAGAUCAAAUAAGAAUACAAAUAACAACGACAAGAAGAAAUCGAACAACAACGGGCGUCCAGAUAGCAUAGAGAACGUAACAGACAAUAUCAUGAAUGAUUUGCAUUGCGUUGGUGCUCAGCAAAAUUUGUCACACGAUCCUGCAAUAAGUCCGAUGUCUCAUCCUGGACAAAUGAAUCCUGGGCAUAUGACUCCGCAUCAUUUACACAUGAUGGGCAUGCAUGCAGGUAUGGAUCAUGCAACAGUUGCUAAUCUUUCCAUGCAUGGUUCACCAGUAGGCAACGCUGGUUGUGGCACAGGGCUCAAUCCCGGCAAUCAACCAGUCAUAAAAUCUGAUUAUGGUCUCACCGCCUUAUAAUCUUUAGAAGAAUAAAUUACAUAUAUUUUCGUGAAAGAACUGUCUAAUUCUUACCAUUCCUUUGCGGUGAUAAGGUGUAAUAAAGUGAUGAUUAAAAUUUAAUUAAUUUAAGACUAUGUUUUAAGUUGUGUAAUUAAUAAUAGUGUCAGUCAUAUUGGAUGUUUGGAUAGGUAAGUGGACAACUUUACAAUGUCAAAAGUGUGAUUACUAUUACUUUAGGGUAGGCUUAGACUUUCUGAGUGUUGGAUUUGUACAUUUUACUGUAAGUCAUUGUCACUGAUUAUUUAAAUUUUAAGAUUACACUUAAUCGAAAUGCCAGUAUUAUUUUAACUUCUUUAACCUUUAUUAUCUUUGAUCUGUAGUAACUCUUAGUUACCAUGUUAUUUAUUACUUCUUAAUUAAUUAACUAUUUGACUUUAUGAGCAUUCUGUUGUAUAUUUUUAAGCAU